AUGGACCAACCCAAUGCGUCGGUGCUGGUCACACUUAUAAGUCAAUACUGGUUGCCGAUAUCGAUUAUCAGCGUUUUUGCCUGGCUCAUCAGAAAUCGCUUUCACAAUGGACUGAGCAAGUAUCCAGGUCCGUUCCUGGCUUCGUUGACGGACUGGUGGAGGUUCUGGUAUGUCUACAACCGCCGGCCUGAAGUGAUGCACCAGAAACUACAUGCAAAACACGGUGAUGUCGUCCGGCUGGGGCCAAACGUGCUCUCAUUCGCAGACCCCAAGGCUCUGAAGGCGAUAUAUGGCCUGAACAAGGGGUUCGUUAAAACCGAUUUCUACAUAGUCCAACAAGCGAUAGCGCAGGGCCGCAGGGUAGAGUCCCUCUUCAGCACGACAGACAACAACUACCACGCGCAGUUCCGGCGGUGCGUUAACGCGGCCUUCUCCAUGUCGUCGCUGGUGCAGUACGAGCCCUUUGUCGACAACACGACCAAGCUGUUCCUGGCGCAGACGGAGCGCCUCUACGUCAACAACCCCAACGGCUGUGACUUUACCCGGUGGCUGCAAUUCUACGCCUUCGAUGUUAUCGGCGAGAUCACGUACAGCAAGCGCCAUGGGUUUAUAGAGAAGAACGAGGAUAUCGAUGGGAUGGUCGCGUAUCUUGCUAAGUUGUUCCUAUAUGUCGCCCCUAUCGGUCAAAUCCCUUUCCUCGACCUCAUCCUCCAAAAGAACCCCAUUUUUCUCAAACUCUCCCAAUGGGGCCUCAUUGAGUCCACCUUCCCUGUAGUCUACUUCGCCCGCGCCCGCAUGGCCGAACGUCUAGGCACCCCCCUCUCUUCCUCAACCUACCACGCCAAAUCGGAACCCCUCCUCCCCGUAACCGACACCAAAAUCGCGGUCAAGUCACCCGACUUACUAUCCAAAUUCCUCGCCGCCCGCGAGGCCCGACCAGACUUCAUGACGGAUAAGCAUGUCCAGACCAUGGCGGUAUCCAUGGCCUUUGCCGGGUCGGAGACGACGGCCAUUUCGCUUGCGAGCGUCUUUUACUACCUCCUGCGGACGCCGCCCGCUCUGGCCCGGCUGCUCAACGAGCUGGAUGAGUUUGGUAGGGGCGGAGGUUUUAGCGAUUACGAGACGGGACUCGUUACUUGGCACGAGAGCCAGAAGUUGCCUUACCUUGAUGGUUGCAUCAAGGAGGCGUUCCGGCUGCACCCGGCGGCGGGGCUGCCGCUCGAGCGGAUUGUCCCCGAGCCCGGGAUGGAGAUCGCGGGACACCAUGUCAAAGGAGGUACUAUCGUGGGCUGUUCGGCGUGGGUUAUACACCGCCGGCCCCAGAUUUUUGGCGCAGACGUGGAUGUGUUCCGGCCAGAGCGCUGGCUCGUGGACGAGAGUCUGACGGGGACUGCGAGAGUGGAAGAUGAGAAUAGGGUCAAGACGAUGAAUGGGAUGAUGUUCCAAUUUGGCAUGGGAAGUCGGACGUGCAUUGGGAAGAACAUUAGUUUGUUGGAGAUUUACAAGUUGGUUCCGAGUUUGUUGAGGAGGUUUGAUAUCCGUUUCAAAGACCCGAAGCAGGAGUGGAAACUGGUUAAUGCCUGGUUCGUCAAGCAGCAGAACUUCCAGACCAUGUUCGAAUUGCGAAAUAUCGUGAAACCGGAUGCUGCGGCCGGGGAUGAGAAAGUUGAACUUGGUACUUCGUUACUAUAA